AUGGGUGAUACGAAUGGACAAGUAGUAGCUGGUGGUAAUGGCCAAGGAAAUCGAUUGGAUCAAUUGGAUCGACCAACCGAUGUAUUGAUUGACAAAGACACGGAUAGUCUCAUUAUUUGUGACCGAGAGAAUCGACGAGUCGUACGAUGGUCUCGUCGUAGUGGCACAGCUCAGGGAGAAAUCCUUAUCGACAACAUCUUGUGUUCUGGAUUGGCCAUGGAUGAUCAGAGAUAUCUCUACAUCUCUGACACCGACAAAGAUGAAGUAAGACGAUAUCAAAUAGGAGACAAGAAUGGAACUCUUGUAGCUGGUGGCAAUGGCAAAGGUGCUGGUCUCAAUCAACUCAACCGGCCGAGCUACCUCUCUGUCGAUCAACAACAGACUGUCUACGUGUCAGACAGCAGCAAUCAUCGUGUAAUGAAAUGGAAUAAAGGUGCAAAAGAAGGAAUUGUCGUCGCUGGAGGUCAAGGUCAAGGAAAUGCUCUGACACAGUUGGAUCAUCCUAAUGGACUGUUCGUCGAUACAUUGGGUACCAUCUAUGUGGCAGACUCGUUGAAUCAUCGAGUGAUACGUUGGCUUAAAGGAGCGAAACAGGGCACUGUCAUUGUGGGUGGAAAUGACUCAGGAGCAGGAGCAAAUCAGUUCCAGUAUCUCCAAGGUUUGUCCUUCGAUCGAUAUGGCAAUCUCUAUGUCGUCGAUUAUUACAAUUCUCGUGUUCAACGCUUUUCAAUCGAAUAAACUCGUCGUGAUAGAUUCUUUUUUGCGAUCCUUUCAUUUCAAAUAAAUCGCAUUGAAUUGAUGAAAUGAAUGGCUUAUUCUAUUCGCGCGCGCGCGACCAGGAACCAUCCUGGUGGAGCCAUGGCGAGCGUAACGCUCAUGCACGCACAGGACAGACUCAUAUCAUUCAUACCCUCCCCGCGAGAGAUAUGUCAAUGAGUCUGAAUAAGCCUGGUCGUGUGCCACGGACACCAAGAUAGUUCCUGGCCAGUGUUUAACGUCUAACCUGGGAAGACGAUCUAACUAACACCCAUAACUCUAUCUCACUUAUUUUAGAGUAGUCCUAUCCUCAAUCUCUCUCUCUCUAACUAUAAAGAAAAAAAGAAAUGUAUACUUACAAUUCUAAUAAUUGAUAUUGAAUGCAAGACGAUGAUUAUCUAGAAGAAAAAGAAAAAAAAAUUAAAAUAAUACCCACAUAUUUAUAUUGUAUU